AGAGAUCAUUUCUUUUCUAUAUUCUUUGCAUUCUUUUUAAGAAAGAAGAACACACACGGAGAGCGAGUAAGUGAACAAGUCAUACAAAUGGCAGGAGAGGUUGGUUUGAGUGUACUAGGAAAGAUCGGGGAGUUGCUGAUUGAGCCAAUUCAACGAGAACUUGGUUAUUUCUUCUGCUUCAACAAUAACUUUCAAGAACUCCAAACUCAACUAGAAAAACUAAUAGCAAUGAAAAACGAUGUACAAGCAAGGGAAGAUGCAGAAAUGAGGAAGCGGAACACCCUAGGUGAAAUCGUCAAGUUGUGGAUUGACAAUGCAGACGGAAUAAUUGUAGAAGCAAAGAGUCUUCUCAAUGAGAAGGCCGAGGUUCAGAAAGGGUGUUUCUCCAUAAAAUGGUGUCCUAAUAUAAGCUUGCGCUUUUCUUUGGGCAGGAAGGGGAAGAAGUUAUCUGUUGUUAUAAUUGAGCUUGUUCAAUCUGGUGCUCAGUUGCCACAGACGGGUCACGCCUUACCCGUGUCACCCAUAAAUAUAGGCGAUUACAUUGGAGAUGCUCGUGAUUUCAACAGCCGAAGUCAGAUUGUGGAAGACAUCAUUGAGAAGUUAAGGGAUGAAAAGACAAUGUUAAUUGGGAUAUGCGGGAUGGGAGGCAUUGGAAAGACUACAUUGGCCAAGCAAGUCCUCCAAAAGGUACAAGACUUCCCUAAGCCUUUAUUUGAUGUUCAAGUUAUUUCGACUGUCUCCAAUAGUCCCAAUUUCAAUACUAUCCAACAAGAAGUCGCGGAGAUGUUAGGGUCUUCGCUUAAAGAAAUAGAGAAUGGGAUUUUAAGAGCAGAACAAUUACGAAAAGCUUUUAGUAACAAAAAGGUUGUUGUCUUGUUGGAUGAUGUUUGGAAGGAGUUUGAUUUAAAUGCUUUUGGUUUUCCAUUAACAAAAUCAAAUGUUGAUGGGAGUUUCUGUAAAAUAAUUUACACAUCUAGAAACAAAGAUUCAUUGUGGUCAGGUGAACGGAACAUCACCAAACAAGAAUUCUCUCUUGACAUUUUGUCAGAUGAAGAAUCCUUGACUUUGUUUAAAAGAAAAGUCAAUCUGCCUAAUGAUGAUAUUGAAAAAAAUGAAAUAGCAAGACAAAUUGUGAAAGAAUGUGCAGGACUACCCCUAGCGCUUGAGGUUGUAGGAGGCGCUCUCGUAAAUAAGAGAACAUCCGUGUGGAACGAUAUGCUUUACAGGUUGCAGAGUCAACAACUACACCAUGACAAGAUAGACAAGGUCGUGCAGACGAGUUAUGACUUCUUAGAAGAUCCCAAUGCCCGAAGCUUGUUCUUGUUUUGCUGCUUAUUCCAAGAAGACGAAGAGAUUCCCAUCGAGACGUUGUAUCGUUAUGUAGUGGGUUUGCAACUCUUCAAAGGUAUGAAUCUACACCGUAUAAGUGAUCGUGUAGAGACCUUAUUAGACGACCUAACAAAGAGAAAUUUGCUAAUAAAUGUUAAAGAAUAUGCAGUGAAGAUGCAUGAUGUGGUGAGAGAUGUGGGAAUUUCAAUUGCAAAACAAGAAAAUAACGGUAUUAAUUAUCUUGAGUGUGAUGGUAUGGACGAACUAGAGAAUAUAGAUACUCCACAUACUAAGAUGAUUUCAAUAUUGUUCAGGAAGAAUAAUUUAGAUGUCCCUAAUACCGUGGAAUUUCGAGGCUCAAAAUUGGAACUACUACGGUUGGAUAGUUCGAAUCAUUACCUACCAAAUAUUAAAAUAUCAUGGAAUUUACCUAAAGUGGCGGAUAAUCUCAAAGUUAUAAAUAUAGUUUGCCAUCUAGGUAAGAUUAGUGAGUUUCCAUCGAAGUUGAAGAUGUUAUCCCUAGAGAGAUUGAGUUUGGAUAUGAGUGUAUCUUCUAUUGGACAUAUUAAGUGUUUGGAGAUCCUUAGCCUUCGAGAUUCAACCAUUAAAGAUUUGUCAAACGAAAUAAGUGAGUUAACAAACUUAAGAUUGUUGGAUUUGACUAGGUGCAAAUGUUUUAUAUUCAAUGGUGUUCUUUCGAAGCUUACUAAUCUAGAAGAAUUGUACAUGUGGGAGAGUUUUCAAGAUUGGAGGCUACAAAAAAAAGACGUUAAUGGCGGAGACAAUCAUGCAGCAGGUAUCGAUGAGUUAAAUUACUUGCAUAAAUUGUGGAAAUUGGAACUGGAGGUACCCAACAUUGAACAAGUGCCGAGAGGUGUUAUGCUAUUUUCUUCUUCAACGUUGUUAGAACAAUUCAAGAUAAGAAUAGGAGGAGAAUGCGAGCGAACUAAAUUUGAGAUAAGAAUAGGAGGAGGAUGCGAGAGAACUAAAUUUGAAAGUGGGAAAAGACAACUUUGGUUGGAGAAUGAUAUAAACAAUACCACCAGUUUCCUACAUGAACUUGGGGGAAUAAUAGGAGUAUCUACGGUGGUAGAAGAGCAGGGGGGAAAAUCAAUUGAAUUCCCUAAUUUGAAGGAAUUGGAUCUCGAAUACUUAGACAAAUUAACGAGUAUUGUCGUGAACAUCAACAAUUUGGACGAUGAAGAGGAAAAGGCGCAGCAAAGAACACUAUUUGGUCAUGAUGAGGUCUCGUUUCCUCGCUUAGAUGAGUUGAUAAUUGAUGGAUUGCCAAAGAUAAAUUAUAUAGUAGGAUGGAAAGAGGGAGGGAGACAGGGAAAAGGACAUCAUAAUAAGAUAUUUCCUGUAUUAAGACGGAUGGAGUUGCGUAAUUUAAGCAAUUUAAUACAUGUGUAUGAAAUGAACCAGCCAGGACUAGGAGUGCUUUUAUUUCAAAACUUGACAUACCUGCAAGUUGGUGAAUGUGGGAAAUUGAGAUAUUUGUUUUCGGAGAAUAUAGGUAGAGUCGCUGCCAAUCACCUUGCGAGUCUAGAUAUUUGUGAAUGUCCAAUGAUGGAAGUGGUGAUGAAGAAUAUUGAGGAGGAAGUAAUAAUAGAUGAUAAAGCUGGAGUAGGAGGAGGAGGAAGUAAUAGUCAUUUCUUUCCACUCCUUGGGAGAUUGACACUUUUGAGUCUAUCGGGUUUGAGGAGCUUUUGUGAUGUUGCUUAUACUUGGGAGUUGUCAUCACUAAAUAAUCUGUGGGUGUCAAGAUGUCCCAAGCUAGAGGCACUCUCUCCAGGCUUUUUGGAUUCUCCAAUGCUGGGCACUCUAUUUUAUGGACUUGAUACUGUAUAUGUAAAGGAUACUUGGAAAGGUGACAUUAACGCUGCAUUGCGCCAUAUCAAGACGUUACUCAGUUCCCAAAGUGCAUGGGAAAUCGUAAAGAGUGGGAUUGUUGAACCUAAUGAGGAUGCGACGUUGGCCUUGACUCAAGCGUUCAAGAAGAACAAAAAGAAGGAUCAGCAUGCCCUUUCUAUCAUCCACUAG